AUGAGCUCUAAGAAGAUACAGACCAAUACGGCCCAGUUCGAGAAUACACCAGAGGACAUCAUCCGCAUCGCUUCCUAUCAUCGACGUGACUAUACCCUGGCCGUCAUUCGAAUCAACCCAAGCGACCACAAGCAAGUCCGCAGCUCAAUAUGUCAACCAUUCGGUGCUCCCUUUACCAGUCUGAGACGGCUUGGACGCUUGCCUCUAGAGACCGUCCAUGAGAUCUGCCUCCAUCUAGACAUUCAAUCUCUGUUCCAACUCCGCCAAGUCAGCCGCCGUACGCAACAGAUCGUCAGCACCACUCGCGGCUAUCAACAGACAACCACACAUGCCCUAGACGCGCUCUGUGUGAUUCUGCGGACCAAGAUAGCAUCUCACUUCACACUCUCCGAGCUAUUGAAAGUGCUCUGCACGCGGGACUGUCUCCUCUGCGGUGCCUUUGGUGGCUUUAUCUUCCUUCCGUCCCUCCUCAGAUGCUGCUUUUCCUGUAUCCGAAACGGAGAUCUACCCUUAGUGAUAUCCGUUACUGACGCGAAAAAGCGGUUCCGGUUGAUGUCACCCGCCCUCCGUUCGAUUCCGGCUCUACAGACCAUUCCGGGCAUGUAUUCAAUGGGGGAGAGAGCACGAAAGAAGAAGAUGCAGCUCGUGGCCGUGGAUGAUGUUAUCCGGAUAUCUGAAGCCCGAUCUGACAAUGACAGAGCCCAAGGGACUAGGCCGAGAGAAUCUCCACUCCUGCCAUUCAUGGUUACCACCGCCUUGCCGUAUCUUGAUGUAGCCAGUGGUAGUAUCCAGAAUGGAGUUUGCUGCAGUGGCUGCCAGCUUUUCUUGGAAGACGCUCUUAUGACAUCAACGUUGCCUGGCGAUGCGGUUGAUCUACGUGACAAGGUUUACUCCGAUGAUGAGUUCCUGAUACACUUUCGACAAUGUCAGAAGGCGCAGGAAUUAAUGAGACUGAGUCAAGAGGGCACCAGUGCCGCUAAUCUUUCGGAGUUUGUGCGGCGGCGAGGGUACUUUAAGAAAAGGGAUGUUAUCCUGACGUUUCAUAAUUUGAGACGAUGA